UCGGUCAGUCAGUGAGAAACUCUCUGUUCCUCAACACGAAGUUAAGUUUGCAGACUGGAACAGCAACAACAGAGGCUCCUCCCUUUUCAGCACAUCUGGAUCGGUGGAAGAGCGGAGAGGCACAUAGCUGCAGUCUAACUGAGUCCAUUUAUAACAGUGGGCUCACCAGGACAAAGUCACACAUUUGGAUACCUUUCUCUUGCAGACUAAAAGCGCGACUCCUCCACCACAACUGUGGCCAGCUGGUUUCCCUGAACACACUCUGGCACUGCAUUAACGCUACUCGUAUCGAGGAGUCAAACUUCAACCUGUCUAUCAUCGUAGACUGACAGCACCUAACUAACCACAGGAUGCCAUUAGGGGGAGGAAACAAGUGUGGCCGCUGUCAGAAGGCAGUUUACUUUGCAGAGGAGGUACUCUGUGACGGGCGGAGCUUCCACAGGUCCUGCUUCCUGUGCAUGGUGUGUCACAAGAGCUUGGACAGCACAACUGUUGCUGUUCAUAUGGAUGAAAUCUACUGCAAGGCAUGCUACGGCAAGAAGUAUGGACCAAAGGGCUACGGUUAUGGCCAGGGAGCAGGGACCCUCAGCAUGGACAAGGGAGAGUCUCUGGGUAUAACACAUGACGAACCUGGUCCUCACCAACCCACCACCAACCCAAAUCCAUCCAAGCUGGCUCAGAAAUUUGGAGGAUCAGACAAGUGCCCUCGCUGUGGCAAGGCUGUCUAUGCUGCUGAGAAAGUGAUUGGAGCUGGAAGUGCAUGGCAUAAGGUUGGAUGUUUCACCUGUGCCACGUGUGGGAAGAGCCUUGAAUCAACCACACUAGCUGACAAGGAUGGUGAAAUCUACUGCAAAGGGUGUUAUGGCAAAAACUUCGGUCCUAAAGGAUUUGGAUACGGAAUUGGCGCCGGAGCGUUGGCGCACACUCAGUAGAGUUCAUUGGGAUCUUGACUGGUGACUGGUUUCCAGAGCCCUGCACUACCGCCUUCUUCCUGCAGGGGGCAGAUUGCUGCCAGUAAAUAUACUGUACACCCGAUAAAAACAUGCCUGAUUAUAAAGCUGCAUUAUAAACUGGGCAGAAUAAAAGAAGACACCAUCUUAGUUCCAUACAGAUUAAAGGUGAUUAGCCUACUUGUGCUGUUACAGUUAAUAUUGACCCAUACAUUACACUUAAUACUCAUUUAUCUAUUUAAAGCUGCAUUGGUGAUUUGCACUAUACCUGCUCUAACUGAAUAUUACCAUCGUCUUCUUACUGUGGGGCUGUUUUCUUGUCUGCAAAUGAAAUCUCAGUAUUCUCACCAGUCUAUGUAACACAGUAAAUGCUGCUUGUUCACAUAUAAUGGCUUCCAAACAGCAUGAUGAUAAAUAAAAUGGAAAGAUAAUGA